AUGGUUGCAUCUUCGGUGAAAGAUGACGCCAGCUUCACCUUCUGGUGCUCGAUAGAUAUAUAUCCCGGCAUUUUACUAUCACGCGGUUUAUCUCAGCCUCGCUUUCUAUGGUGCAUGCACUGCCUACGGACGGCGGUAAAGAAUUUCGACCCAGCGGCCGACGAGUCUUCUACUGUCAAAUGCUUCAUCGAUGGCAAGACUUUGGUGUUGUGUCGCCAAUGCUCCUCAAGAAAUGCGGUCUGUGAUGAGGCCAUGACUGGCAUUCUCGGAGACGGUCAUGAUCUUGUAAAGAUCCGCGAAUUUCUAUCUAACGCGCUGGACCGAUUGCAGUUACUGAUUCUCUCACAUCUCGAGUCUUAUAAUGCAGUGCCAGCUGCAAUAAGAAGAGUCUAUCUAUACCAACACCUCACAAAUGCAGGAAAGCUGCGAGCACGCCAUUACGAUUUUGUCUUCUGCGAAAGAAGAUGUGUAGUGCUCUCCACAUCAGCAGAAAUCUCCCAAGGAAAAUGGAGACAAAGUCAGGCACCGCUAUUGACCAUUACGAAAACCCAGACUGGUACAGUCGACCGCGAACAGCUAGAAGAUAAGCUACGCGGCUGUAUACUCAGCUGUGUAAUAGAAAGGGAAGAUCAUGGGUGCAACAUUUGA